CAAAAAGUUUGACCUAUACAACUACACUUCUUCACUACACCACACUACCGUAUUUUGAAUAGAUUCCAUUUUUGGGGGUUUACCAGAUCGCUCGGAUUUAGGCAUAGAAAUAUAGUUAGACUUUAUUUGACUAGAUGACGCGCUGAAUCUCUACACAUACUGGGUGUUAACGGUCGGGCGUAACCUAUCCCUCGUCCUGCGCCCUUGCAUUAGUGAAAGAGGGUAGAUAGAAAGUGAUGUUUGCUGCCAAAAGAUAACGAAUAGUUCUGUUUAUGUGUCAUGGUUUAGCAAUGAUGGUGUUUUCUGUUACAUUAUUUUUAAUCCUUUGCACUAAUUUUAUCAAUGCACAAUAUUAUAAUGAAUAUGAAUGCAAUAAUGCUCUCUUAGAAAGAGCACAGCUAUCCGCUACCUCUUCUAUGAGCGGUAGAGGUCCAGAAAAUGCAAUGUUAUAUGGUGGCGGCGCAUGGAGUUCGCGCGACAACGAUUUCUCUCAGUACCUGAUCAUCGACCUGGGUCAAGUGAUGAACGUCACCAGGAUAUGGACGCAAGGCAGGCCACACACAAACGAGUACGUUAUGGAGUUCACCAUCAGUUAUGGAACAAACGGACAGGACUAUGCGGAUUACAAGGAGUCUGGGGGCGAUAAGAUGGGCACGGCGCUUGGUCGCCCUUGGAAAGCACCUACUUCGAAAAGCUGACGGCUGACUUGGGCGGACGGUACGAGAUAAGGGCCAUAGCGACCCAGGGCAGAGGCAGGAACGACUUCGUUACCGAGUAUAUUGUGGAGUACUCGGAUGAUGGAGAGCAGUGGAGAAGUUUCCAGGGAGCAGAUGGAGAAGUUGAGAUGUUCAGAGGUAACUCCGACGGCGAUACAGUCCACAAAAAUGAAUUCGAAGUACCCAUUAUUGCUCAAUGGAUCAGGAUCAACCCCACAAGGUGGAGAGAUAGGAUAUCAUUACGAGUUGAAUUAUUCGGGUGUGAAUACGAGGCAUAUGAUAUGUAUUUUAACGGCUCAGCUAUUUUAAAAUACGAUCUAUACAGAGAACCUAUAGCAGCCUUAAGAGAAACGAUAAGAUUUCGAUUCAAGACCACAACUCCAAAUGGAGUUGUCUUAUACAGCAGAGGAACUCAAGGGGAUUACGUAGCUUUGCAACUUCGCGAUAAUAGGAUGCUUUUGAACAUCAACUUAGGGUCUAAUGAAGUAACAAGUCUGAGUGUGGGAAGUCUCUUAGAUGAUAACAUUUGGCAUGAUGUGGUCAUCUCCAGAAAUAGGAGGGACAUACUUUUUUCUGUGGAUAGAGUUGUGGUACAAGAUAGGAUCAAAGGAGAGUUUCAAGUAUUGAAUUUGGAUACUGGGUUUUACGUAGGUGGCGUUUCAAACAUCCAAGAUGGAAUAGUGGUUGUCCAAAAUUACACCGGAUGCAUAGAAAACUUGUACUUGAAUUCCACAAAUCUCAUCUAUGAGGUUAAGGAAGCGCUGCAGUAUGGUCAGUCAUACAAAUAUGAAAAAGUUAAUACAUUGUGGACCUGUCCUGAACCACAAAUUGUACCGGUGACAUUCAAAUCUCAUCAAGCACAUGCGAGGUUGAAGGGUUACGAAGGAAUGACGUCACUAAAUUCGUCCUUUGCAUUCAGAACUUACGAAGAUAAUGGCCUUAUGUUAUAUCACGCUUUUUCGGGAAGCGGAUAUGUUGCAGUGUAUCUUGAUCAUGGAAAACUUAAAGUAGAAAUAAUCACUGCAAACAAUCCGAAGGUGAUCCUAGAUAACUACAUUGAGACUUUUAAUGACGGAAGAUGGCACACGGUUGUUGUAGCUAUUCAAACUAACAAGAUAGUAUUCAGUGUUGACUAUAGACCGAUGAUAACAACUAGGCAGCUGAAAAUUAUUACAGGAUCCACUUACUUCAUUGCUGGAGGUAUAAUGGCUGCGUUAGGCUAUUCUAAUACAGUGUACCCAGGCUUCAUAGGUUGUAUGCGCACUAUAAAAAUUGACGGUAACAGCAAACUGCCUUCUGAUUGGACAACUCAAGAAUACUGUUGCGCAGAUGAUGUUCUGUUUGACGCGUGUCAUAUGACUGACAGGUGUAACCCUAACCCUUGUCAGCAUGCAGGCGUUUGCAAACAGAAUUCUAUGGAAUUCAUGUGCGAUUGUAAGGGUACCGGAUAUGGAGGUGCGGUAUGCCACACCUCAAUUAAUCCUCUAUCGUGUUUGGCAUACAAAAACGUCCAAGCCGUAGGUCCCCAUGCCAAUAUCAAGAUCGACGUGGACGGCAGCGGCCCUCUGGCGCCGUUCCCCGUAACUUGCGAGUUCUACUCCGACGGCAAGAUUGCCACCGUAGUGCAUCAUGCUAACGAAGCUACUACUUCAGUGGACGGUUUCCAGGAUCCUGGAAGUUUCGUGCAGGAUAUCAGAUAUGAGGCAAAUGAGGAUCAGAUUAUCGCUUUGAUUAACAGGUCGUCGACUUGCCGACAGCACCUGGAGUACGCUUGUCGCAACUCAAAACUACUAAACUCUCCAACUGAUGAGGCAAACUUCCGCCCGUUUUCGUGGUGGGUAUCCGGUAUGAACAGAAGAGCCGAUUAUUGGGGUGGAGGACUUCCAGGCACCAGGAUGUGUGAAUGUGGAGUGAACAGUGCAUGCUCUGAUCCUAGGAAGUGGUGUAAUUGUGAUAAUGAAUCGGAUGUUUGGCAAGUGGAUGGAGGUGACAUAAUCGAAAAAGAAGACUUACCAGUGAAACAGCUUCAUUUUGGCGAUACUGGGAGUGCCUUAGACGAUAAAGAGGGUCGCUAUACUCUAGGCCCGUUGAUCUGCGAAGGUGACGAUCUUUUCAAUAACGUUGUUACCUUCCGAAUCGCUGAUGCUACAAUCAACUUGCCCACUUUUGACAUGGGACAUAGCGGCGACAUUUACUUCGAAUUUAGAACGUCAUCCCAGAACGCGGUCAUAUUCCACUCGAAAGGACCGUCUGACUAUAUCAAACUGUCUAUUGUAAAUGGCGACAACCUGAUAUUCGAAUACCAAGCCGGCGCCGGGCCUCAAACGGUGGUGUCCAGAAACUCGUACAGGCUUGCAGACGACGGAUGGCAUUCGGUAUCGGUCGAAAGAAACCGGAAGGAAGCCAUGUUGGUUGUUGAUGGAUCGUUGAGGAAUGAGCUAAGGGAGCCUCCAGGUCCUGUAAGGGCUCUGCAUCUUACUUCGGAUUUAGUUUUUGGGGCCACAACCGAUUACAGAGAUGGAUUCACAGGUUGUAUACGAGCUCUUCUAAUCAAUGGAAGGCCCAUUGAUUUGAGGAGUUAUGCCAGAUUGGGUCUGUAUGGUAUCUCUGAAGGUUGUGUCGGCAAGUGCCAGAGUAAUCCUUGCCUUAACAACGGUACUUGUCACGAACGAUAUGACAGUUACAUGUGCGAUUGCAGGUGGACAGCAUUCAAGGGACCAAUAUGCGCAGACGAAAUCGGUGUAAACCUAAAAUCAAGCUCCAUGGUGAAAUACGAAUUUGAGGGAUCUUUCAGAUCUACGAUUGCCGAAAAAAUCAGAGUCGGUUUUACCACAACCAAUCCCAAAGGUUUCCUACUUGGUAUGACGUCGAACAUCACCGGCGAAUAUAUGACAAUUAUGGUAUCAAACUCUGGACAUUUAAGAGUUGUGUUCGAUUUUGGUUUCGAGAGACAAGAAGUUAUAUAUCCAGAGAAACAUUUCGGCUUGGGUCAGUACCAUGAUUUGAGAUUAUCGAGGAAAAACGCCGGAUCUACAUUGGUCAUGCAGGUAGACAACUAUGAACCAAAAGAAUUCACAUUCCACGUGAAAACAUCUGCAGAUGCUCAGUUCAACAAUAUCCAGUAUUUGUAUAUAGGACGUAAUGAAUCUAUGACUGAAGGCUUUAUUGGAUGUGUGUCCAGGGUGGAAUUUGAUGAUAUAUAUCCACUCAAAUUGCUUUUCCAGCAACAAGGUCCAGGAAACGUCAGAUCAAUCGGGGGUCAUUUGAAUGAAGACUAUUGUGGAGUAGAACCUAUCACCAAUCCUCCUGAACAGUCUGAAACUAGGCCUCCACCACCUAUAGAUGAGGAUAAAUUAAGAAGAGCAUACAACCAGGUUGAUUCCGCACUCAUAGGAAGUAUUCUAGCGAUCCUAUUCCUGCUCUUGGUCUUAGCAGUGCUGCUAAUAGGCAGAUACCUUCAUCGACACAAGGGCGAGUACGUGACCCAAGAAGACGCGGGAGCAGAAAUGGCCCCUGAUCCUGACACUGCGGUGGUCCAAGGGGCCACUGGCCAUCACGUCGAACCCAAAAGAGAAUGGUUCAUAUAGGCUGAUUGACAGAAUCAUACCAUAGACUGGAUAUAAUGUAAGGGAUAAUGUUGUCGAGUAUUUUCUAAAGAUUUUAUACGCGAACCAGUACGGAGCAACGAGUCAUUGUAAUGAUUGUGUGCAUUAUUUUCAUAGAUCUUAAAGGUUGAAUCAGUUAACAAAACAUUUGAAACAACUUAUUAUUUUGUUUGAUUAUUUGUGUUUUGUACGAGAUUUUACCUGACGAUAUCUCAGUGUUGGUUGGGUCGGUUAGACAGGAUGAUCUAUUUGGCCCAGCGAGAGAAUGCAGACGAGCAAACGACGAGAGGUACUGCAGAAAUCGGUAGGAGUGUCGGUAUUGUCUGAGAAACUAUCGUUUUCAUCAGAUCCUUCUCAGUUAACGAGAGUUUGCCACUGUCAGAUAUUCAACAAAAACGCCAUCCUUACCAUUUAGCAUUCAGGUACAGUGUUGCCUUUCAGAACAGCUUGACAGUUUUUUAGAGACAUUCAGCAUGUUUAUGACUUUCGAAUACCCCAAUAUCUUAAGGAUAUUGAAGAAAAAAAUUAUGCAUUAAAGUGCAUGUCGCGUAGCGGAUACUUUCUUGCGUCCUGUAAUAUUUUUAAUAAAUACGCUCCAAAUUGCAGCUAUACAGGGUGUUCCUUAAUGACACGCUAAUAUUUAAGGUGGUCUUAUUUUAAGAAAAGAAAAAAUAGGAACGUGUCCAAAACGUCUUAACAAAAAAUCUGAAUUUUAUAACUGUGAUAAUGAACUUUGGUACACAUCAAGGUGCGUUUUCUGAUGUACAAACAAUUUUAUAAUUCCUACCGAGCGGGUUUUGCAUUGAAUAUUUUUGGCGAAAAAAUUUUAUGCCACUCUCACUCUUUCCCUUCAAAUAAAAACCAUUUUUGAUGUCCUUAUGCAUUUUUGAGCAAAUUUGAUGUCAUGAUAUUCUUUCGUCCGACGCAUGGUUUUCACUUGAAAAAAUAAGAAUCGUUUUACUAUAGGGUCAAAUCUAUUUGUAUUCCAUGUACAACGUCGCUAUCUCCCGCCCAAAUGACGUUGCCGUGCGUUCUCUUGCUGGGCCAAUAAUAACUCAUGUUCUAAAUAAUUUUGGUGAUGAAAAAAGAAUCUCAAUUCAAUAAUUGUGUUACUUCUCGGCCUAUAUAUUGUUAAAAUUGAUAGAUGAACCUUUGUGUGUGUGUGGUCAGUAUUUGAAAACAAAAAGAAAAAGUACUCAUAUCGAGACGUCAAUUACAAAAGGUUGUUAUUUGUAAUUCUGUUUAUAUAACUCAACGCAUGGAAUGCUUUGAUUGACUUGCUAUUCAGACAGGAUAAAUCUUUACUUUUUAAAAUUUGGGUUUUUAGUAUUUUGCGUAUCGAUUAAAUUUUGUUUAUAAAAGUGAUUCGAAACGAUCUUUUGAUAUGCGGAAAAAUUGAUAUUACAGUAUAUACCCUAAUAAUCUUAAUAUAUUGACAUUUUUUAUUAGAUACUAAGUAAAAUGUAUAUUUUGCGGUGCGGUAAGAUUUAGUCUUAAUUAUCAAAUAUGCCAAAUACCAUACCUAGUUGUUACAUUAAAAACAUUCAAAAUGUACUCCACUUUUUCUUACCAAAAUUUGACUGAUUCUAUAAGCUGGCAUUCCAUAUUUCUUUCAACACUAGUUUUAUAAUGAUAAAGAGUACAAGCUACUUACAUAUUAAUGAAAAUUUUUUUGAGCAUCACAAAGAUGUUAUCUGAGGUGGUUCCCAAUAUCGACUUUCUUUAGGUUUUUUCGUUUUUUUCUUGUUUUUACUUUUUGAAAUCAUAGGCAAUUAAUAUUGCGAAUCUUUCACAACCAUUACAUAUGAUGGAAACUAAAAAUAGUUAUUUGGUUCAUCUGAGCAUUGUACUAAAAUGAUUAUACAGAACCACCUUUUUUAACGUCAAAUGUUCAAAAUUGUUUAUAGUAUUUAGUUAGGCUGCAUAAUGCAUGUAUGAUAUUUCCACUCAAAAGCUUGGAUAAUUUCUUCAAGAAUCAUUCCCUUAUUCUAUUCCACUUAGGAUUCGUACUAUAAUUUUUAGAUAUUUGUAUUAUAUGUAAUUUUGUAUCAUUCUUGCUUUUGAGUCAACAUAGAAUCUCAUUUAUUAUUUUUAUAUUUUGUUUAUGGUUUUUGUGUUCAUUGCACUUAUAUGUGCAAUUUUCAGUAUUUGUUUUCCGUCCAUUUUGCCAAUGUAUUAAUUUAUUCCCUUUAUUUUGAAAAAAUAAUUUGAUUUUCUAAAAAUCUUAAUAUGAUAUACAUACUUUUUUAUAAUUUUUAUUUGUAUUUUAAUAUAUUGGAGGUUUCAUUUAAAUUUUCAAUAACAAGUGCCUUUGGCAUUUUGUUUUAUCUUUCUCCUACCACUUGUAGUAUAUUAGCCAUAGGCAUUUUUUAAAUAAAGUGUUAUAAUAAUACAGUAA